AACAAUAAUGAAUGACAACGAUGUAAACAAAAACAGAAUGAAUGUCAGGAUCUGCAAUAGGAAUCAUAUUAGCCUUAAAUCACUAUUGAUAGCUCAUCUAAUUUUCGAAUUUAGUCAUAAUGUAAAAGGAGAUUAUUUCACUGUGAAUUGGACUGAAGCCAGUGAUGUUGGAAUGAAAACAGAGACUCAUUACCAAGAUCCUUCUGUGACACCUCUUGCACCGUGUCCCUGUGAUCUCACAUCUUAUCAGUGUGAUGCAUGUUGUUGCUGCGACAAAGAUUGUUCAGAAAUUGAUAAAGACCUAUUUACAUGUCUAGAAGGCAUAGAAGGUGGUCAGCAGACUCCACAAGAUUUUGAUUACAAUUGUAAUUACAUGGGACCCUAUUCUCCUGAAUGGCAUAGCCUUUUGUGCUACAUCACUAACAAUAACCCAUACCUGGGGCUGUUUUUUAAAAAUGAAAAUGUUAUUCAAGAAUUUCAAAAGUAUAUGAAUAGGGUUUAUGCUCCAAAAUAUAGCUUUGAAACAUCUGUUCUGCAAGUAGAAGACAGUCCAUUUCACUUUCAUUACAAGGCACAAGCUAGCGUUGAAACACUUCUUCAGUCUGAGAGUGAAAUAUUUAGAAGCCCUUAUUUUUACCUCAACCAGUGCUGCACGGAAUCUGUGUUAAUACCAUUCCCGUUCAUUUUCUCAAG